GUUGCACAAAUACAUUUGUUCUCAGAUUUUAUGCAUUUUAUUUAUACUAUAAAUUUGAUUUUUAAGAAAAUUGCAAUAUAUGACAAUAAAUUGACCCCCGUAUUGUGAUUAUAAGGACUUAAUAGGCUUCUUUUCUGAUAAAUUCAGUGUUUUCUUCUCUCUGAAACUUGGUUAUUGUUCUAUUAGACAAUAUAACUGUUGUACUUUUUACUCCUCUACAUUUAUUGGACAACUUUAGUUAAAAGUUACUUAGCAGAUUCAGAUUUAAUACAAAAUGUGACUGUACGAUUACAGUAAUUAUUGCUGUUUUCAGUGAUAAAACCGUUGUACUGUUUUAAAAAAUCUGUAAAAUAACCAGUAAAAAACCCUGUAAACGUACAGAUUUGUUUUGCAGUGUAGCUGACGUUCGUGGUCGGCCUUACCGUUCAUGUCGACGGCCUCCUCGCAGGAGAAGAAGAUCCCCGUGUGGAACUUCUUGAGCAGAAACUUCUCCUCCCCGGUCUCGAAGAUGUACUGCACCAGCCGGCUGUCGUUGAUGUUGGAGCUGUUGAAGCGGAUGCAGAACCACUGCUUCGCCUUCAUCGGCGGUCCCGUGCAGAAGGGCUUGGCCACCUUCCUGGUCCCCUCGCACCAGUAGCUGGUGGUCACCGCCGACAAGGCGAACACAAACGCCACAAUGUUGAGGGUGAUUGCCAGAGAAGCCCGCCGCCCGCGCUCUAGCCUCAUGGUUCGGGGCCAGGCCAGAGGAGACCAAAUGAAAACUAAUCCCGGCUUUCGAUAUGCAGCCACCGCGUUUCGCCUCCCAGCAGAUAUAUCAAAUCUUCAUAAUCUUGUUGAGGCUCCUUGGGUGAGAUUUCUGUGCAUCCCUCCGCCGGCCCCGAAUGAUGUGCUGUCGCCUUUAUUAAGGGAUUCAUUCUCUCCACUUCCACAGAAACAACAGGAACCAGAACAACUCGUCCUCUCUCUGCUGCUGCUGCUCGUCCAAACCCCCGUCGCUCCUCCCCUCCUACAAAUCUUUUCCUGCUAUAUUAUCCAUUACAAAUGGCAAAUUAUAUUCCAGACUUCCUUUGAGCAUAUUAAUACAUAAAAAAGAAAAAAAAAGAUUACCAUGAGCUUAGAUUAUAAUCCAGGACAAGGUUCUACUUCUUGUUAGCGUAGCUCCCAAGUCACAGCAGCCGCAGCCAUAAGAUCAACUGCCUGCUUUACAUGAUAUAAUGUGUACAGUCUGAUCUGUAAUGUGAGUGAGUGUGUGUGUGUGUGUGUGUGUGUGUGUGUGUGUGUGUGUGCAGGGUAAAUCUCCUCCUGUCUGAUAGGCUGUCGAUGUGGGAAGCGCCGCACAAAUGAAGACAAAUUACAGACUCAGUUUGCAGGAUGGGGAACACGAAGAGCAGCGCUCUGUCCAAGGGGCUCCUGGAGGACCUGAAAUCCAACACCAAGUACUCCGAGGCCGAGCUCUGCACCUGGUACCAGUCCUUCCUGAAGGAGUGUCCCAGUGGGAAGAUCAGCAAGGAGCAGUUUGAAGGCAUCUACGCCAGCUUCUUCCCAAACGCGGACCCCACGGAGUAUGCCAGGCACGUGUUCAGGAGUUUCGACACCAACGCCGACGGCACUUUGGACUUUAAGGAGUACAUUGUCGCUCUGCACCUCACGUCCGGGGGAAAGACUCUGCAGAAGCUGGAAUGGGCCUUCGCCCUGUAUGACGUGGACGGGAACGGGACCAUCAGCAAUAACGAAAUCCUAGAGAUUGUUAGGUCUAUAUUCAACAUGAUUCCCGCCGAAGACCAGAAGAACCUCCCCGAGGAUGAAAACACGCCGGAGAAGAGGGCCGAAAAAAUCUGGCAGUUCUUCGGGAAGAAGGAGAACGAUAAAAUCUCAGAGGGGGAAUUCAUUCAGGGUGUGAUGGACAACAAGGACAUCCUGCGGUUGAUACAGUACGACGAGCCUCAGAAAAUUAAAGACAAGCUGAAGGAGAAGAAGCAUUAAAGCAUCUACGGGCUUAAAAAAAGGGUGGAAAAAUCCCUUUUCAUGUGGUUUUAAGACUGUUUUCUGUUUACAUUCUUACCUGAUACGACUGCUUGUCUGCUUCACCUACUCUCUUUUUUUAUUUCAUUCUUUUAUGGACUAAGCAGUUAAAUAAUUUGCAUUUCUUACUAGAAAACAGAAACAGAGGAAAUCUUGAAAUGACUUGAGGUUUGAAAUGUGCACAGUAACCUUGGUUUACUUCUGUGGAGAAAAGUUAAUGUUAAUUGUUUAAUGGAACAAUGCGUCGGGGACGGGAAAACACUGAAUUUGUCCCAAAAAAAGCCUAUUACGUCUGUAUGAUUGUUAAGAAAUAGAAACAUACAUAAUAGAGACAGAUAAUCGUAUAAAAAGUUCCCUAAACAGGAAACAAUCUGCUCAGAAGUCAUCCAAAUCUCUUGUUUUACAUAAACUUCCUGCAGUUACUGAGUUCAAUGUUUGAGGUGAUUGUUCAGUUUUGAAUCUAAUAUUAAAUAAACAUUAUUAGUCAGUUUAAUCAAUGAUAGAGAAAAGUGACCCUUACGGAAAAAAGGUUGGGAACCAGUGGCCUCAACAACGUCAUUAUACUGCAAUAUAAAAUACAAUAACUAUAAUUUAUUAAAAACUGAUCAGGAUGCAAACAUUUGACAUCUUAACUCACCAUAGAAAUAAAAAAUAUACCAGUAAAUACAUCAUUUUUGGGAAAAGGUACAAAAGAGACAAACAACAGCAGCAACUGAACUCUGGCUAUUUAAGGCUAGUUUAGACGAAACUAAUUAUCCCCAACCGUUAGUCCUUUUUAGUGGAACUGAAACAUAUAUUUUAAUGCUAAAACAUCUUAGUAACACAUACAUUUAAAUCACGUUUUUGUAUUAAAGUGAAGAUGAAUUUCUUAUUAGUUAUUUUAUUAACUAUUGAUGUAUUAUUAUUGUUUGUGUUACACCCUUUAGAUAAUCCAAACAUGUAGCAUUUAGGCCUACGAGUCUCUGUUUUUUGGCUGUAUUUGAGGUUUGUGACGAUGUUUAAUAAUCAGCAUACAAGAUUAAUUAAUUAAAUUGAGGUUUUGUAACUCAUAUAUCCCUCAAAACAGGUCAGCUAACAGCCUUCCAUCUUCAUAAUUUGUUUUCCGCUCUAACUUUGAGAAAUGUUGCUACGAAUGUUAGAAGUUGGUUUGUCUGGAUAAGCAGCUGGUUGUGUUCAUCUUCCGUUCGGGUGCCGUUAAACUAUCGCAGAAGCAGAAGCGCCGGUCAAACCUCAAGAAAACCACCAAGGAAAAUGUGUGUUUGCUUCAUGUAUUAACGUGAGGAAGUCUCUCUGAUCUGUUUUUGUCUCUUUAAUUAAGUCACGUAUUCAUGUACGUCAUGAUUCUCUACUCGUUAAAUCUUUUUCCACUGCACUUUGUCGCAUUAUGCUUUCCCCAAUAAACCAACUUUUCCACCUCA